AUGCAUAGAUUUUCCCGUCUCCUGCUGCACCUCGACUCUGUCCUUGUGCUCUUCAGUCGGUGUCCCAGCUUCGUAAUCACGUCUGUGUUUCCCCUGGUCCUUCACCGGGCUCUCGGCAUCGUCCCCCUUGCCGUGACUUCCAAAGAGGGAGAAUCUCAGUGCAAGCAGAAACACGUGGUUCUGCUUAGCCCCGUGGGAAAACUCAAGAUAUCUGGGUGUGAAACAGGCUUACAUGAAAUAAAACUUCCAAAAAUGAGCGCGCUGCCAAGUGGCAGGGCAGAGUCCUCGGCCACUUGCGAGGUGUGCGAAGGUGCGGAGGAGAUGACGGAGCCGCUGAAGCAGUGCACGGCCUGGCUGCACGCCUACUUCUGCGAGCCAGCGAGGACGGCCAGCCUUCCCAUACCGGCCUUCCACCACCCGCUGCUCCGGCGAGAUUCGUUCACCAGACAAGUGUUGUGGACCCUGCUGAGAGACGUGAAGUUUGGCGAGGCCGUUUCCUACAAGCAAUUAGCGGACCUCGCAGGCAACAGCAGAGCGGCGAGAGCGGUGGGAGGAGCGAUGAGGAGCAAUCCCAUCCCAAUUAUAAUACCGUGCCACAGGGUGAUUCGCAGCAGUGGGCAGACCGGCAACUACGGCGGAGGAAACCUUAUGAAAGAGUGGCUUUUGUCGCACGAGAAGCUCCAGAAAGAGAAGUUAGCAUAUUGA